GGUGCUGAAUAUUACAGCAGCUGCUUCGCUGUCAGUCAACUCGCUUGUUACACAUUACAGCUCACUUUCCAUCGUCAUUCCAUCAUACGUCUCACGCAAUGGCUGACGCUCUAAAGGCCGAGGGCAACAAAGCCUUCGCUGCUAAGGACUACCCUACUGCCGUUGAGAAGUUCACUCAGGCAAUCGAGCUCGACUCCAACAACCACGUCCUGUACUCCAACCGCUCUGCCGUCUACGCUGCCCAACAGGAAUACGAAAAGGCGCUCGCCGACGCCGAGAAGGCUGUCGAGAUCAAGCCAGACUGGUCCAAGGGCCACCAGCGCAAGGGAGCUGCCUACCGUGGAAUUGGAGAUCUAUUGGCUGCCCACGAUGCGUACGAAGAAGCACUCAAGCUCGAACCAGGCAACACACAAGCCCAGAGCGGUCUGGAUGCCGUGAAGCGAGCCAUCAACGCCGAGGCCCAGGCUGACGGUGUCACCGGUGAUCCCAUGGGCGGUCUCAGCAACAUCUUCAACGAUCCUCAACUGUUCCAGAAACUCGCCAGCAACCCCAAGACCUCCGCCCUCCUUGCCGACGGCGACUUCAUGAACAAGCUCAAGAAACUCCAGCAGAACCCGAACAGCAUUGGUGAGGAGAUCAAGGACCCGCGUUUCUUGCAGGUUAUGAGCGUGCUGCUUGGCAUUGACAUGAACUUUGGCGCUCCUCCCCAGGGCGGUCCCUCCGGCGCCGCUGCGGAAGCCGAAGAAGACGUACCGAUGCCUGACGCCCGCCCGUCCCCUCCGAAGAAGGAGCCCGAACCUGAGCCCGAGCCUGAGGAUGAGGAGACUAUCGCCAAGAAGAAGGCACAGGAGGCCGGUGAUGCUGAGAAGAAGAUUGGUAACGACUUCUACAAGAAGAAGCAGUUUGACGAGGCCAUUGAGCACUACACCAAGGCAUGGGAGCUGAACAAGGACGUCACAUACUUGAACAACAUUGGUGCGGCCAAGUUCGAAAAGGGCGACCUCCAGGGUGCCAUUGAGACAUGCAAGAACGCUAUUGAGGAAGGACGUGAACACCGCGCGGACUUUAAGCUCAUUGCCAAGGCUUUCACACGUAUCGGUACUGCCUAUGAGAAGCUAGGAGACCUCGACAAGGCCAUUGAGAACUACAACAAGUCGCUCACCGAACACCGAACCCCUGAUGCCCUUACUAAGCUACGCAACGCCGAGAAGGCCCGCGACAAGGCCAAGAAGGAGGCCUACAUCGACCCUGUGGAAGCCGAGAAGGCCCGCGAGCUUGGACAGAAGAAGUUCCAGGAGGCUGAUUGGCCCGGUGCUGUUGAUGCCUUUACCGAGAUGACGAAACGCGCUCCCGACGACCCUCGCGGCUACAGCAACCGUGCCGCCGCUCUCAUCAAGCUGAUGGCUUUUCCGCAGGCUGUCCAGGACUGCGACGAGGCCAUCCGCUGUGACCCCAAGUUCUUCCGUGCUUAUAUCCGCAAGUCCCAGGCUCUUGCCGCAAUGAAGGAAUACAGCCGUGCCAUUGAUGCUUGCAGCGACGCCGCCGAGCACGACGACGGCAGCCACGCCCGUGAAAUCGAGCAACAGCAACAGAAGGUCCUUGAGGCCCAGUACAGUUCCCGUGCCGGUGAGACUGAACAGGAGACGAUGGAGCGUAUCCAAAAAGACCCAGAGAUCAUGUCCAUCCUUCAGGACCCCGUCAUGCAGAGCAUCCUUCAGCAAGCUAAGGGCGACCCCGCUGCCCUGCAAGAGCACAUGAAGAACGCACAGGUCCGGCUGAAGAUUCAGAAACUGAUGGCCGCUGGAGUUAUUCGCCUUGGGCGGUAAUCGUGCCUAGAUGGUCGCGUUUCCUUUCAUCUCUCACGUGCAUUCGAUGACGCAUAUCAUGCUGUAGUUAACGACAUCAGUAAUAUGACCUAUUAUGAUUGACACACCUCUAGUUGCAAAUUACAAAUCC